AUGAUGGCGAUCGUGUGGAUGCUGAACGAGGACGAGCUGCUUCGCAUAGUGAACAAGAACGAGCUGCGGAAUUUGGUGCUGCUGGUCUUUUUAAACAAACAGGAUCUAUCGAACGCCAUGAGCGCGGAGGAAAUGACGGACAAGCUGGAUCUACAUAGCCUGUGCGAGCAGUGGCUAAUCCUGGUGCAUCGUGCUACGAUGGGUGACCGGCUGUAA